AAAACAUAGACAGACUCCCAGAGCAUCACUGCACUGACUUCCAGACAGCAAAUUUCCUACAGGGCAGCAAACUUAAGGUCCAGUUUCUCCUGUUCACCUCCUCAAGCCCCAGCUGUGGGGAGCUGAUUUUAGCUGGUGAUGGCAUCCAGAACUCCAGCUUCAACAGCAGCCUGGAAACCAAGAUCGUAAUCCAUGGCUUCAGGGCUUUGGGUACCAAACCUUCCUGGAUUGAAGGGCUUGUGCAUGCCAUACUGCACACAAGCCAGGUGAACGUGAUUGCAGUAGACUGGGUUUAUGGGUCUACAGGAGCCUAUCCCUCUGCGGUGGAAAAUGUCACACAGCUGGCCCUCUUCAUCUCACAAUUCAUCAGCAAGCUCCUGGCUUUGGGAGUCUCAGGGACAUCCAUCCACAUCAUUGGGGUAAGCCUUGGUGCGCAUGUCGGGGGCCUGGUGGGGCACUUCCACGGCGGUCAGCUGGGACGGAUAACAGGCCUGGAUCCUGCAGGCCCUAAGUACACCAGAGCCAGCCCUGAGGAACGCCUGGAUCCUGGGGAUGCCCUCUUCGUGGAAGCCAUUCAUACUGACACUGACAAUUUCGGGAUCCGAAUUCCUGUAGGUCACAUCGAUUAUUUCGUCAACGGAGGCAAAGAUCAGCCAGGAUGCCCCAAAUUCAUCUCUGCAGGCUAUAAGUAUCUGAUCUGUGAUCACAUGAGGGCAGUACAUCUCUAUGUCAGUGCCUUGAAACAUUCCUGUCCCAUCCUGGCGUUCCCCUGUGCAAGUCAUCAAGAUUUUUUAAAUGGUCAUUGCCUGGACUGUGUUGACCCCUUUCGGUUCUCCUGUCCCAGAAUAGGCCUGCUGGAGCAGGCAGGUAUCAACUUGAGGAACCUGCCCAAGGAAGUGAAAGUUUAUCUAAUGACCAGUCCCUCAGCCCCAUUCUGUGUCCAUCACAGCCUGGUUGAGUUCCACUUGCAGAAGAAAAGAAAUAUAGUCACCAGCAUUGAAAUCACGUUCUGCAGCAACAGCACCAUGGACACAGUGAAGAUUACCAUACCUAAGCACCAGGAGACAGGCAAACGGCUGCUGGCCCACAGAGUUCCCCUCUGCCAGAUAAACAGCGUGACACUGAAGUACAUCCCCAAGAAUCAGUUUUGGAGGAAGGAUGAGUCAUCUGUUGUUGGCAAGUUCUGU